AACUAAGUCACGAACCAUCAGCAAACCCAUACAUACAUACAUACAUACACGUGCGAGCAGAUGGAUGGACUGGACUGAACUGGGAAGGUUCGCCACUUCCACCAUCACCACCACUUUCGUUCCUUCCUUCCUCGAGUCAGUACGUGACUGGCUGCCGUGACGAGAACACCUGCACCGCCUCUCCCCCUCGUGCUCGCUUCACUCGACCCCUCUCCUAGAGCCUGACCUGGACGCCAACCACUUCCACACAGCAAGCAGAGCACACACCACCACGACAGCCUCUCACAGAUCGAACGAGGCCCUGUAGACAACGAGACUGGGAGACGUGAUACCGCUGCCCCUCACACACUCACACACACAGACACACACACACACACACACACACACACACACACACACACACACACGAUGCAAUUUUACGUAAAGUGAAGAGAAGAUGUACUAUAGAGAUUGGAAGAGAGAAGAUCGAGAGAAGGACUAGGAGGAAGAGAGAAGAUAGAAGAGAGAGAAAGUGAAGAGAAAAAUAACUAAACGGUAUUACAGAGAAAGGAAUUGAGAGAAGAUUGAGAAAAAAAUAAAUAAAUAAAAAGUUAGGAGAAGAAAGGGAAGCUGAAGAAGAAGAAUUAGAAAGUAAAUAGAAGAAACAAAGUACAAAGUAAGAAAAGAAAAAAUGCAGGAAGAAUAAGGCAGAAAAAAAAGGAAGAUAGAGGAGAAGUAAAAAAAAGGAAAAGAGAAGGUUGAGAGAAGAGCUAGAAAACAGGAAGGGAUAAAGAAAAAAAGGAAAAGAAGAAAUAAAAGAUACAGAAAAUAGAGAAUAACGGUAAGAGUGAAUUUAUAUCCCUAAGAUGAGGAAAGCAAUAUGGACGCAAUUCACACAAGUAACAGUGGUGAUGACGCACUAACAAACUAACACUAACGGACGCAAAAUAAUAUACCUAACAAUACAGGGCCAUAACUACUAAACUGGUCAACUGUUAAGGUGGGGAAAAUAUACAUAACUACUCACUUGAAAAAAUACUCAAGGGAAAAAAAAAGUUCAGUCACCGAACUCUUAAGAAAAACAGGCAAAAUAAACAUUUGAAGAUACGAAAGGAAAAAAAAAAAAAACAUGAUCACGUAAUUUGAAACUUGCUAAGGGGAAAGAAAUAUAAUUACUCAACUGUGAAAACAUCAAGAAAUAAAAGAGGAAAAAGAACGAGUGAGAUCCUGCGAGAGAAUUCUAUACCGAGGAAGUGAAAGAAAAAUAUUGGAUAGGAUCGAAUCACUUAAAAACUCGUAAAGAAAAGUGAAUUAAGAGCAGUGUAAUUCCCAUAACCCACCCUCUCUCUCUCUCUCUCUCUCUCUCUCUCUCUCUCUCUCUCUCUCUCUCUCUCUCUCUCUCUCUCUCUCUCUCUCUCUAUCUAUCUAUCUAUCUAUCUAUCCCCACCGCGACUUGCAAGAGUUCCGGAGUCAAAUAAAGCCUGAAGGACGUUUGAAAAGAGUGAAAGUGACUAACUCAGACUGAAGUUAUUUAAGUGCGCAGUGAAAAUCAAUCCACUACUACUACUACUACUACUACUACGGCGGGACAAGUCUUAGUGACCAAGUGCUGGAGGUGAAGUGUGCCAGCCUCAAUCUCUCAGAUGAUAAUGUCUUCCCCUAAAUCCCCUAAAUCAGCCCUCAGCAAGAUAGGGCUGGGUCGUCCCCGUCCCCUGCGCAUCCUGGUGCUGGGACAGACCUCCGUGGGAAAGACAGCCCUCAUCGUGCGGUACAUCACGCGCCGCUACAUUGGGGAGUAUGACUCUUGUCAGGAGCGCGUCUACUCCCACACUGCUAUCGUGGACGCCGACACCCUGGCUCUCGAGAUCCUAGACUCUGCUGGACAGUCCCAUGAGACGGACAGCGUGAGACUGGAGGCAAACAUCAGGUGGGCGGACGUGUUCAUUCUCAUGUACUCCGUGACGGACAAAUGCAGCUUCGACGAUUGCAACAGACUCAAGUUUCUCAUCAACUACAACAAGAGGAAGCGGCGCAUCACAAGCCCGACUUCCAAGGAUGCCGCGUGGGAGGUGGCGGUGGUGCUGGUGGGCAACAAGAAGGACCAAGCUGGGGACAGAAUGGUGAGCAGCGAGGAAGGUUUCAAGAGGAGCAGAGACAUCGGCUGCCAAACAUUCCACGAAAUUUCAGUCAGGGAGAGCAUUGAUGAGGUUUCCCGGGUCUUCGAGGACGCUGUGAGGUACUGGAGAGAGAUAGCUAAGGCUCCUAAGCUACGCCGCGCCUCAUCAGACUUGCCAGACCUCCCCGCUGAGCCUCACAAGAUCUCGCAGCCCCCAAUUAGUGUGCCAGACUCGCCGCCGGAUUCCCGCUGGAUGUCCCUCGUGUUUGGCAUCCGCGGCAGGAAAACAUCGGAGGAGGAGAGCCCUGAGAUGGAUUCGGGUCUCCUAGCGCUACCCUUCAGAAGCAGGGCCUCCACUGAUGGCCACCUGCACCAGCGAAGACUCUACAAGCUGAGGAUGAGUUUGAAUCUCCGCGCGUCGAAUCUUCACGAGAGGAGGAUGAGUAUCGCCAUGCGCGGGGCAACCUGCGGCUUCUGAUCCCACGGGGAGGCGAGCAACGAUAGCUUUUUGUUUCCAUUCCUCCAGCAGGUGUAUUGUGAUGUCGCAACUGUGUUUAGCUUCCUGAGUAACUAAUAAAAGACACAAGGGGCU